UCUUCGCCUUCGCCUCUUCAAUUUUGUGGUUAUGUGAUUGUUUUUAAAUCUUCAAAACAUGCCGAAUUUCAAAAAACUAAACACAAAGAUCUACCAAAAAAGUGGUCCUGUUAUAACACCAGACUAUGUUUACUGGAAAAAGCUCGCUCCCCCAGUGUUAGUGAAAGAGUUUGGUCCGAUUGAUUACAUUGAUUUCUCUCCAAUAGAGCCCUAUCACUUCGCAGUAACUUGUUCAGUACGUGUCCAAGUCUAUAAUCCUGUGACUAAAUUGGUCAUCAAGAAUCUAUCCAGGUUUCGUGAAAAUGCUUAUGGGGCAGUAUUUAGAUCAGAUGGCAGACUAAUUUGCGCUGGUGGCGAGGAAACUAAUGUUAAAUUAUUCGACGUUUCCACUAAAAGCUUAUUAAGGUUGUUCAAAGGCCAUUCAGCUCCUGUACAUAGAACAUAUUUCCUUCAUAGUCAGCCUCAUAUUUCCUCAUUUUCUGAUGACAAAACAGUGAAAAUAUGGGACAUCCCAACAGAGAAGAACCUGAUAACAUAUGAGGGGCAUACUGAUUAUGUCAGGGCUGGAGCUACAUGUCUUGCAAUGCCAAAUAUAUUGGUAUCAGGGGGAUAUGAUGGUAAAUUGAAAAUGUAUGAUACUAGGACUGAAAGUGAGGUACUGACAAUGGAUCAUAGUAGUGCUAUUGAGUCAACAUUAUUCCUGCCUUCUGGGGGUAUUUUGUUGUCUGCAGGUGGUACUGAUAUCAAAAUUUGGGAUGUAUUGGCUGGAGGUAAAUUAUUAGGAAGCCUUUCCCAGCACCACAAAACAAUCACCUGCCUACACUUGGCGUCUGACAACAAAAGGCUCCUCUCGGGCAGCCUGGAUAGGCACGUUAAAAUCUACGAUUUAGCCACAUUCAAACCAGUGCACACUCUAAACUUCCCGAACUCCGUUCUCAGUUUGGGAGUUUCCAAAAACGAUGAUACUCUGGUAGCAGGACUAGUCGAUGGACUAGUUUCCGUAAGCAGAAGAGAAGAAAAAAAAGAAGAAGAACGACAGAAGAAAAUGGCUUCUUAUCACUAUGUGUCUAAUGCUCAUCCAGCUAGUGUAGACACUAUUGUAAGCGAGCUAAAACACGAAAAAGAAGCCAAAUACGAUCACCACUUGAGGAAAUUCGAGUUUUCUAAAGCCCUAGAUAGCGUCCUUUUGCCCUACGUCGCUAAUAAAAACCCCCAAAUCACGGUCUCCCUGAUGCAAGAGCUCAUGCGCAGGAAAGCUCUGCAAAAAGCUUUCCAAGGUCGAGACAAAAAAUCCCUCACGCUCAUCCUCAGGUUUUUCAUCAGAAACAUCACGGAUUAUCGCUUCACUAGGGUGAUAAUUGACGCGGCGAAUAUUUUGCUGGAUACUUACGAGGACAAUAUUGCGAUGUUGCCGGUGGAGGUAGGCAAGUUGUUUGUGGAUUUAGGGCAAGUUAUCAAGCAGGAAUCCGAGUUGGCCGAUAGUUUAGCUGGUUUACAGGGAAUGAUGAAUAUGCUGAUGGCUAGUCAAGUUACUGUGGAUGAUAGGAUUGUUUGUGAUAAAAAGGGACACCAGCUUAAGCCUAGUGCUGACGCCCAAAAGAAUUUUGUAUUGACGAUAGCUUGACGAUGAAUAAAAUUUUGAUUUUUAGUAUCUCUA